AAUGGCGACGGCAAGAUGGCAAUAAUGUGUGCGUGAAAGGAGUCUCUCGCCUUUUUAGCGGCUUCGUGGACGCCAGUGUGACCAGGGAGCUGAUCAAACAUGCGAGCCACGACGGUGAGGAGCAGGAAGAAAAAGGCAUCGCGUUUUGAUGAGUGACGACGAUGCCGUGCCACAACGCCGGCUGAAAACAACCAGCCUGCAGAGGGUUGCUCGCACCGCGGCCACCCCGAGGUCCGUCGACCCGCCUGAACCUUCGCCCCUGCUCACUCCGUACCCUCUGCCCGCCCUUAGGAAGAACAAGCCUCCGCGAUACAAACAUUGGAUGGGUCGAGCGUACUCGCGGGGCCAGAUCUACUCGGCCCUGCUCGUGGACAAUUGCAACAACGUGGACGGGCUGGCCGACGACACGAGACUGCUGUUGGGCGACGACGAGUUCGCCGUCGCGCCCAAGAAGUCGUCCUUCUACGCCGUCUGCUGCAUCUUCCUGUUCCUGCUGGUGCUGCUCUACAUCCCCGUCUACUACCAUGUCCAAGUCAGAGAAGGCUUUUGGGGCGAAUUUUGGAGCCGCGGUGCCGGCCGUGCCCAUCCUAAACCUACCCACCAAGCACCCGUCGCAGGGUGGGAGCGCAACUCGAGCCGCAACCUGCGUGAGUACGUCCAGCCGGACAACGUGACGGCCAUCAUUGAACAGCCCUCGAUCUGCGCCUCCAACGGCCCCAUCCUUUUGCUGGUCAUCAUCUGCUCCUCCGUUGAAAACUUUGACGCUCGGCUGGCCAUUCGAGAAACAUGGGGUUCUCCAGCAAACGUGAGCGACGAAACGCUGCGGUUGGCGUUUCUGCUCGGCGACACCGACUCCCUGGAGUUGCAGACGCGGGUUGAGGCCGAAAGUGCCAAGUACGGGGACGUCAUCCAGGAGGGUUUCCUCGACACCUACAACAACCUGACCCUGAAGUCGGUGAUGUUGUUGAAGUGGGUUCGCUCGCACUGUCGACACGCGCAGUAUGUGAUGAAGACGGACGACGACAUGUAUGUCAACCUGCCCAAGCUGAUCACCUUCCUCCAAGAGGACCUGGCCAAAUUCCGUCCUGCCAAGCAGCCCCCAGCGAAACCUGCCUUGACACCCACCCUUGCGACCACCGCCUUGCCUGAUUUUGCGGAAGCCAAGAGCACCUUGCUUGUCGGCACACUUAUUUGCGGUGCUCGACCAAUUUCAAACUCAAGAAGCAAGUGGUACUCGCCCAAAUACAUGUUUCCGGAUCGGACAUACCCCAAGUACCUGUCAGGCACAGGCUACGUCAUGUCAGCGCAGGUGGUGAAGAGGCUGUACGAAGCUGCCUUGCGGACGCCGCUGUUUCACCUCGAGGACGUGUACAUCACUGGCCUGUGCUCCAAGGCAGCCAAAAUUCGGCCGCUGGACAACGCUGGCUUCAGCUACCAGAAACGCAAGCUGGAGCCGUGCGCUUACCGCAACCAGCUGUUCACCAGCCACCACAUGAACAGCACCGACAUGCGGACGGUGUGGGCCACCGUGCAGAACCCGAGCCUUGUGUGUCCGAAAGUGGUGCCGACCGCCAAAAAACCCACCAAGAAGGGCAAGAAAAUUUCGGUCUGUGUUUGAUACGUGAAAUAUCUCAAGUGCCUGAAAAGCCUGAACUCCAUUAUUCGACUUGAAAUAAUGAUUAACUUAAAUUAUUAUAUUGUAUAAAUAUAUAUUCGAUCCAAGUAGGCGGAUUCGGACGAGGCGAUGCUGCGAAUUCUGCGUUUGCAAAAGGCGGCGUCAGGGGUUUUGCACAAAUUACAAACUGCGAUCUGAGAAAGAGAGCAGGUAGAUGACUGAAAAAUGAGGUUGUGCGUUAGACUAGGCAUUACGAUAGCUCAUCUUGGUUCUUGAUAGUGCCAUUGUGUCAUCAGUUCUUCUCAUAUUUUUUUUAACAACUUGUAACAUAAUCUCAUUUUAAACUGCAAAACAUCACAUUAGAACGCCCCUGAAUUUUGUUCCUAAAGAUGUAUUGUAUAUUUCGCGUCACUUUUGCCGAAGCAGACUUUGCCGAUCCCACGUCCGAAAAAUUGCAUGCGAUUUCAAAGGAAAAGUUUAUAUCACUCUUCGAUCCCGGCCUAAUCGUAAGAAUUACUAAAUACCAAACAUAGGAAAGUGUAGCUAUGAAGACGCCUGCUGAUUCUCUUCCCGUGCUAGAAUCAAAGAUAAAAAUUGAAACGUGUGAUGAAAAAUGAAAGAAAAAUGGAUAAUAAUCUACCGCAUUCCUAAGCUAGAUUUUUCUUUGCCAUUUGGUGCACAGAUUGUUUGUUUGACUCCCUGACUUAAGUAUUGUGUUGAAAUAGGUGCUUAUUUUUAAGAAGAGAUUUCCAUAAAUUUUACUUUCAAGCCCCAUUCUCACUUCUUGUAAGAUCUGGAGCUAGUUAGUGCUCACAAGUUCGACUGAAAACAAUAAGGCAAAUUGAGUUUAACACCACUUUUUGCCGAUACGCUUGUUGAAUGAUCUGAUCACAAUUUUACCGUUUUAUUUAAUUAUGGAACGUUUAAGUAUUUUUCCUCUUAUUGGACGCAAAAGUGGAGGUGCUGAAAUUAUUGAUUUGAAGAAAAACAAGUUUCUGUGAAACAUCAGCUAUAUAGAAUUACGGCUUUUCAAUGAUGCUAAAAUUUUCAAACAAAUCAAAAACUUUUUCUCGUGAAUCCUCGCCUACAUAGUUUAGGAUAAACUUGAUACAAGAUUUUUAUUUUAGUUCUUAAUAAUCAACUCGAUGUUUUGCGAGUCAUUUCCAGUAAGAUCUGUAUUCAACUUUGAAUGAUUGCCAUUGAUUGCCGUGAGCUAAUUUAUAAUUUGAAAGUAUGCCAAUUUUGCUUGUGUUUUCCCUUUGUAAUCUCUGAAGCCAUGUAUAACCUUUCAUCAAUUACCUUUCCAAGGUGCUAAUAUGGAAAACUGUAGUCUCAAUAGAAUCUCUCUCCAGUCCACUGAUGGAUUCAACAUCAGCAAACUUGUAUAAUUUUACUCAUUUCAACUCCUCAAAUUGCCAAUAAUAAUUAUGAAUUCUCAAUCUGCUUCAUUAGUUUUCCUGUAAGUCACAGAGUUUUGGAUUUUAGUCAAUUGCUAAUAUUGUAAUAUUGUGAUAAAAAUGAAAUGUUUCUUUACUUUUAAUGAUGAGAUAUUGUAAGAAAUAAUUAAAAUAAAAUGUAUAUCAUUAUAUCAA